AACGUCGUGGAUACAAAAUGCAACUAUCCAAGAAAACAUAUUGUUUGGUUCACCAAUGGACAAGGAAAGAUACAAUGAAGUCAUUAGAGUUUGUUGCCUGGAGAAGGAUUUGGAAAUAAUGGAGCAUGGUGACCAGACCGAGAUUGGAGAACGCGAAAUCAAUCUUAGUGGGGGCCAGAAGCAGAGGGUACAACUUGCUAGAGCUGUUUAUCAGGACUGUGAUAUUUAUCUUCUUGACGAUAUAUUCAGUGCUGUUGAUGCUCAUACUGGAUCAGAAAUAUUCAAGGAAUGUGUGAGAGGAGUUCUCAAAGAUAAGACCAUUUCACUCGUGACACACCAAGUUGACUUCCUACAUAAUGCUAGCCAAAUAGUGGGAUCAAAGCUUCUAUUUCUAUUAGCAUCCUGUCCCGUGAAAGAUCAUGAGCUACCCAUAAUCUGA